ACUGCUACGGGGCUGUCAGAAAAUUAAUAUGACAUGGUCACAAGAAAAAUUUUAGACACAACCACUUCAACAGCUUCUUGGAGUACUAAAGACUCUGUGAAUCAGGCAGCACUUAGAAGGACAGGUUCAGAGAGAUCCAGUUAGCAGUGUGAACAGCAGACUUUUUAAAGCAAUGCAGAAGCAAUCUACACUAGAGGAGUGGCUGCGGCUCACCAUUGGCCUUCUUUGCCGUCAUCCAUUGAAAGUCCCAAGACACAAGGUAAUUGCUUCUGUGGUCCUGUCCCUAAAAAUGAUCCUUCUUCCUCAUGCAGAGAACUGAAAUUUGAAACCUGUCAUGUGCUUUAGUUUUGGCUGUGGCAAAUAGAACAUUGUUUCCGAUGGUAUUCCAGACAGACUAUGGACUAAAGCAUCGUCCCUUGGCAUUAUGCAGCGACUACACAAUCCCUGACUGAAGGUCCCAGCUGGAGAGCCAGUGGUGUCGUCCUGGCUGGAGUCCCAUUAUUUUCAUUGGCCUUAGAUGAAUGACCAGGAACGAACGCUGGUCCAGGACCCCAGGAUCCCCUGCCAAGACGCAAGUUCUUGAACGAUGGCAGUCUCUGUUCUGGAGAGCCUUUGGAUUUGAAGACGUCCUUUCUGAGGCUACCUCAUCUCCAUUGCUCUACCCCCAGCUAUCUAGUAGGAUGCCACCCAGUACCUCUCUAGUCUCUCUGCUCUGUAGUUGAUAUUCUACCGCUCAGAGUCCUACUAGCAGGGACUUGGGUUCCAAACUUUUUAUCUGGUGCACUCUGUACACACUCCUGCUCCUGUCCAAGCUGCUGAUCGGACGCUCCUACGCUAUUGCUGAGGUAUGUACGAAUCAUCUGUCUGUAAAUUUGAAUCUAAAUUCUAGAGUCUAACUCAUAAGCCCACUUUGUGCCCUCCACGUGGUGCUGGCACUUGCAGCCUGUCCAUGUGGACCACUCCAUUGGCUUUCUGCAGCCAGCCUGUGCUAAGUUCAGCACGCUCUCUCUUCCUUCAUGGACUCAGAACAUAUUACAACAGCUUGGCUUCUUUCAAUGGCCAGAAAUUGGCACACCCGAUUUCCAAAUUCCCACUGUCACUCAGCGACAAACGAUUCACAAAUAUCUUAUAUCUAAACUUGCUCUGCUCUAUGCUCCCAAACCUCCCCAACUCUUAAAAUUUUUUAAUUUCUGGUUUCUUUUCACUCUGCUCUUUAAAAGAAAAAGAAAACAACAACAACAACAUAAUACUUUAGGAUUGUGCUGUAAACUCUUAACUAAGGAUUUGUAAGUUGCUCAUUGGGUAUGACUUAAAAUCUAUAUAAUCUGCAACAAAAUUUGGCUUUAAACCUUUAACAAAAGGCUUAUGAUUAAAAAUCUAUACAUGGUUAACUGUAUAUGAGAGUGAACUCUUGUUUAGUGUAUGUGUACAUGUAAGUUGGAUCCAACUCUUCAUUUAAAAAUAUAGAUAGAUUUACUAGGAAAGAAAUGUUUUUAAAUAGCAACUAUGUUGGCCAACAUGGCUUUCUACCUGCCAUGUAAUGAACUCUGUUUAUCAUUGUACCUCCUUUCAGAUUAAGAAAGCAGCAAGUCCCAAAUACUUUACAUUGGUAUGGAUUUUUCUGUGGUGAUGAUAGAAAUUUAAGGUUAUACUUGCCACAACAUACUGUAUAUGAGGUUCAAUUCUAAUUUCAAAUAUUCUGUAUGUGAUGAUGUAAUUAUAAGAUAAUUAAGGCCUAAUGAGAUUAACAAAAGCUAGUUUAAGAUAUCUGUCUAGCUACCUACAUGUUUGCUAAUUGUUCAACACAAGCUACUAAAAAAUUUAGAUACACAGCAACAUAUGUUUAAUGAAUAAGGUAUAUUUGAUAAUCAAGACCUAUAAAGUCUUAGGGUCUGGUGAAGUUCACAGUGGUGUUUGUCUAGCUUCUUUGCCUUUUAAGCCUUAGCUGUUUGGGUAAACUAAACCACACCAAAACACACCUGCAAUCUUCAUAUUCUAUAAUGGUGUGUCUGGUCCCCCAAGAAAAGUCCUUUUCCCAAGGUCAGGCAUUGAGACAAAAGCCCCCAUUCCCUCAGGGGUUUGAAGAAACUUCCUGCUACCUAAAAUUGGAGUCAUUCUCCUUAUUUCUAGUAGGGGGCAAUUGUGAUCCUUCCAUUAGCAUAUAACUGUGGUACAUAUUAACCAGUCAAGGUCAAUGCUGGCCACAAGGUUCCCAAAGUCCCUGUUCACAAGCCUUACCCCAGCUCACAAGUUCCCUUUCUCCUAGACAGCCUUGGCAAUUAGGAAUAAUUUUUGUUUCCUUUUACACCCACAGAAAAAGCUAUUUUGGUUUCUUUACUGUGUCCAUUUUCAGGAUCAAUAAAGUUGUUAUUCUCCCUAUGGAUUUUAUGUAUGAUUAAAAGUUAAAUUGUUGGCCAGGUGUGGUUGCACAUGCCUUUAGCCCCAGCAAUCCAGAGGCAGAGGCAGACUGAUCUCAGACCAAGCUUGUCCCACUUACAGAGCAAGUUUCAGGACAGCCAGGACUGUUACCACAGAGAAACCCUGUCUUGAAAAAAAUAAAACAAAAAAGUUUGAUUUUGAUACUAAAAGAUCUUCAGUUCAAAAUCAUGAUAUUUAAGGCUCAAACCUAACAGGCCUAAACCUAAAUUCCUAGCCUUAUGAUAGCUACUAAAUUAUUAUAAACUGUUAGUGAUAAUUAAGAAAUACAGGCUAAUAGUCACCUUAUAAAUUAUCAAAUCCUUUAUUAUGUCUAAAACUAUAUUUGUAGUCAUGCUAAGUACUGAUAUAAUUAUAGGAAUAAACCUUAUUUACCCUCCUGUAUAUGUUUUCAAGAUUAAGCCUAGGAUGAAAACUAGAAUCAAGCAAAAAGUGUCCAUUCGAAUAAACUUUAGAUAGACAGAUUGUGCUUAAACACUUCAGAGGUCUAUAGAAUACGAUAUUUAAAAUGUUUAAUAAAAACUUUUUUUUUUGUGAUAGACAUGCUAGCUCCUGAUAGUACCCCUAAUCUCCUCAAAAGAAGAAUGGGCACCUGAAACCUGCUUUACAUGAGGCAAAUCCGGCCACUGGGCUGUAAACUUGCAUCAACUGCUGACAGCACACUGUCCAAACUGAAUAGGCAGGACACUGGGAAGUGAAUUGUUCCAUUUUACCUAGACGAAGGUAGGAUAGCUUCCCUCCCCCAGAUUCCUGCUUCAUAGAAAAGUCUGUCAGAUCUUCUGGGCCUGGUGGAUGUCCCACCCACUACAGAGGAACCUUUGGUGACAGAUUGUCCAGGUAGUGGUAAGUCUCUGCCACUUUUAUAGACUCAGAAGCAGGUUGGUCUGCAUUUCCUGCUUACUCAGGUGAAAUUUAUCCUUCUCAGGUCUCCAAAGUGUGGGAAGACUAAACUCUCAAAAGACUGAUUAGUUUAACAGCAGAAAUCCAAGGUUUCAGUUGCUUUUUCUUCAUAUGUAAAAAUCAGGCCACAGGCCUCAUUCUCCUAUAGUUGCCACUACUAGGUCUAGACACAGUUUACCAGACUCAGAAAACAGGUUCCAAAGUAACUUUUUAUUAUUCCUUUAUCUAAAGGAUCUCUCUUUACAGUGACUGCUCCCCAGUAAUCAACCACUUAUGUCUUGUGAAUAACUGGAUAGGAAAAGCGUAAAGUUUAUGUAAGUUCUGAGGAUGGGAAAAUUUCUGGUGUGAAGAGCUAAGGAAGUGUUUUAAGGUUGGCAAAUGCAAGUUAUGUAGUUUGGAGGGUGUGGAAAGCUUAAAUGGUGAUACAUUUCCUAAGCUUCUACUCUGAUACAAAGUUGUGACUGUGUGGUUUUCAGUACAAAUUAUAAACAAUGGGAAUGCUAACAUGUCUAAAGCUUAUCUUGUUUUGUAAAUUUAAAAGACUUUUGCAAACUUCAGGCAAUAGAUUUAGAUCAGCCGGUCACAGGUCAAAUGGACUCCAGAUAAACACUGUGCAUCAAAACCUGUUUCCCGACCAGCCUUUUCCAGAGGGUGGGAUCCCUUUCCCUGAAUUUGAAACCCUCUUUCCUCUAACUGCCAAGACCAUGGGUCUAAAAGUUUCAAGAAUACACCUAAGAAAAAAAUUUUCUACCAAACUCCUUAACUUUAUCUCCUAUCCCUAGCAUAUAUCUGUUCCAGCAGAUUUUUCCAAUCAAUCAAAGACUGCAAACUGCUCUAACUGCUCCCUUCACGUCUCUAGCCCCAGAUGUUCCUGCAGAGCCUGGACAAGUGAAACAGUCUGCUCUUCCUGGACUUGGCCAACAUUCUAGCUUUUGGGGCCCUCCAUACUGAUGCCCCAGUGUCAGCAGGAAAUAAUCAUAGAUGAUUAUCUCACCCCAUAUUCAUUUUUAGUCAACAUGCAGCAAGGAGGUUGCGUUUCAGACCCGGGACAAGUAGCUGAGAUGCCUGUGUAACAUAUCAAAACAGACCUGGCCUCAAGGCUCUCCCAGCAGUCUUCAGUCCCUACCUGUUACAGGGUACGACUGGCAUAUCCCGCCCUCUACUCUGAAAUCUCCAGCCCAGGGGCUGGGCUUUCCUUCUUCUCCAGAGGCUCUUCCCUAUAUAGAUCAGACAAUUUGCUCUCUGUCUCUCUAUCUCUCUAUCUCUUUUUUCUGUCUCUCUUCCCCCUCUAUCUGUCUCUCUGUGUCUCUGUCUCUGUCUCUCUCUUGGCAUUUUCCCUUGCUGUAUGGGCUUGCUCUCUCUCUCCCUUCCCUCCUCUGUCUCCCAGUCUGCAUGGUCCUGCUUUUGAGGAUCAGUGAAUUCAUCCAAGAGCUGCCCACAAAUAAACUUGCCCUAUUUUACUCUCAAUUCAGCUUUAAUUGGCUUAUUUUAUUGGCAGAGAAAACCUAUUAAACACAUAUAUGACCAAAAACAUGUAUAAAAUAAUCCACCACUGAGUGCUCAGUAGGCACAGAGAGACAGUGAAAGUCCGUACAGGCUAGAUAGUCCUUCCAAGGGCUGGCCUGGACAAAGCAGAGGCUGGUGUGUCUUCCUUUAGCCUUCCUGCAUUUACUACUAACUUCAUCCUCCUGCUGGGUGCUACCUAACAUUCCUGGCAGUCCGACUUCCUGAAUUGUAAGGGCAUGAAUUUCCUCUCAAAGAUGUCAUUGACAGUUAAGUGUGAAGCAUAACAGAUCUGCCAGGGUCCUCUCCCAUAAGGUAAUUUAAGAGCAGUUUAUUCUCCCCUUUCUCAUAUCAAUCUGAGUGGUGAGAAACUAGAUGAUAAAUAAUCCUCAGUUAUUAAACUGUUGAUCUAUAUAACAGGGAACCGGCAGGAUGGGUCAGCAGAUAUAGUCACUCACCUUCAAACUUCAUACCCUGAAUUUGAUCCCCAUCCCUCAGCAGUUGUCAUCUGACUUCCAUAUCCAUACCGUGACAUAUACCCCUCUUCCCCACCCCUACCAACCAACCAGCCAAUCAGUCAAUCAAUAACUGUUAAAAAAUAGAGGAAAAAAACUACCCUCAUAUACCCCUCUUCCCCACCCCUAUCAACCAACCAGCCAAUCAAUCAAUCAAUAACUGCUAAAAAUAGAGGAAAAAAACUACCCUCAUAUACCCCUCUUCCCCACCCCUACCAAAUAAAUAAGUAAAUAAAUAAAUGUAAAAAACAGAGGAAAAUAGCCCUCAUAUGUACUUGUCUGUUUGCAAGGUGACAGAGGGGCAAAAAUUACAAGAGUCAAUGGCCCAUCCUGAAAACAGCCAAACAGCAUCCAUCUUGAGCGUUGUGAGCCAUACAGGUGGGUUUCGGUGGUGUCCACCAAAACAGUUGUGCCCCCCCCACGCUCACUUCAUGAAAGCAGCCAUCAGAUUAGGUCAGAUCUGGAAGUACAGCUAAGCUGGAGAGCACUCGUCUCACUUGGGAGUCUGAGCUUGAUGUCCAGAGCUGCAAACAGUAAAAGAGCAGGUAUGGACCUGAGUCACUCUACGCGGUGUGGUAUACAGAUCCUUGUCUGCAGCAGACCGGCUUGGGCUCAACACUUCACUCCUGUGUUUUUCUGUAAAAAGGAAAGAUGUCACUGAAGCUCUUUCCUCGGACGUUUGUAGAAAUGAAGUGAAUUAAUAUGUGCAAAGCAUUCCCCUGUGCAGGGACUUCUACUUGAGAGCUCAGACACAAUCAAAGAUCCUGCCUCAAACUUAACGCUUAACAAUAGAAAGCCAGAGUGCUUCUGGAUCCCUUCCAAGAAAGAACGAGGGAGAAAAGAAAAACCAGAAACUCGGGGAAGUUCUCUCUGCUACAGUGCUGACUACAAGUUGGGGAGAAUGCUCACCUCAGAAUGCUCACCUCAGAACGCUCACCUCACACUUUCACCGCUAGUAACCCCAGUUUUUCAGCACGAUGCAGAGCUUGUGUCAUGGAUGAGGAGGAUGUGGGCAUGCAGCUUUAAUGGGGUCUGAUCUGGGUUGUGUGAUAGAAUUGGGAACAAGGGUGUUUGCAAACAUCCAGAGUCACAUGCAUGUUUGGGAACAAUGGCUGUGUAUUCUCUUUUCCUUUCAAGCUCAGUAGCUAAAGAAAAGGCAAGGAACCUGCCAUUUCUUUACCCAGAAUUCUGUGGUACAGGAUUUUGUAGCAUUCCACGUCUGGGUAAGUUCUACCGCGGAUUGCAUCAUCGGCUGUAUUGCUCCUCGUGUUUUUCUUAUGGCAUGACACCUGAAUUUCAUACACAAUUACUAAUCUUUUACAAGGGCAUUGUUGACUUUUCUUGUCAUCGUUUAUUUGUGCCAUAAAGCUCUUCUUCAAUAAGUUGACGGUGCCUGCUAUAUUUACCAAGUAUCGCCAGGCACCAAGCAGAUCCAGAAUGGUACCAUAAGGCCAGAGUCCAUUCAGCCCGGUUUGGGGCUGGUAUGUACUUCAGCUCUUAUCAUGGUUCUAGCAAGAACCAGCUCUGUGACUUAGGGCAGCAAAUACCUUUGCAGCAGAGAGACAAUUGUCAAACAUUUUUAGAGCUCAGCUUCCUCAUCAGAAACCCCAAAGUCAAGCUAGUAGUAUAUGACACCUGCUCAUUAUACAAAGAUGGGGUAAAGCUGUCUGACAUCCUCUUAGAACUCUCCCAGAGUUCCUCCCCAAUGUGCGCAGAUAAUAGGUUAGUUAAUUAUAGUCUUAGGUGAAAGUGCCUAGAUAUGGCAGGUGACGAGUGCAGAAUUGGGAGCAAACUGGGCAACAGGUGGUGUGGUCCUCAGGUGGGAAGCAGAAGUCCUGUUCUUUCUUGUAUACUCCUGGGACCAGGGCCCGAGGAUAUGACCUCCCUGAGACUGUUAAUGUCAUUUUCAAUAUGAAACUCAUCAUACAAUUUCUGCCUAUGAUCUAGGGCCAAUGAAUCGAAAACAACUUUUGUAAAAGCCCCUGUAGGAACCAAACACUCAAAUCUGACAUGAAAGCCAACCUAAUAGAUCCCCGCGGACAGAAAGACAGAAAGACAGAAAGUGCCCCUUCCAACACUGCAGUAAAGAGAUCAACAUCUCAAGAAACCAGAUACAUGGCUGUUAGUCACACCUUCAACACACACUUCGUUUAUGACAGCCGGGAGAAAGCGCUCAUUAGCAUCCUGAUGUUCACCCAAUAAGGACUUUGAGUGACAAAAAAGAUACCAGGGCUGCUGGAAAAAUCAUGCUGUCAAACCAGUCUCACCUGGCCAGAAGCAUUUUCGUAACAUGCACAUCAUGGUGGGACCGGAGAAAAGGCUAUGCGACUGGAGUUAGAUGGAGGAGGCUGGGUCAUGUGCUUCCUGCAUCCCGAGUGAGCACUCCGGACUAGGUUGUGUCAGCAGUUCCAACAGUUCUGGGGCUCAUUCAAUGGAGGGAACAAAGACUGGGGUUUCUUUUAGCAAAGUCUCUGAGCGGUGACAUUGUCCAACACAGUUUCUUUGAUAAAGGGCUCAUUAUCUAUCCGUGUGACUUUACCCUUGGUUUUUAUGCUGGCAGUGCCAACGAGAGCAUAUUUAAGCAAAUCCUUUUACCCUGACAGCUGUAGCGGCACCCCGACAAUGUGCGCCAGCGCUGCAGGCUUGGGUGUGGAAUGCAAUCAACCCUGGGCUAAAUUUCCAAUUAGCUGAAUCAACAAGGAACGUAAUUUAUUAGCUCGCUCUUAGGUCGCGUUCGCCCUCCCUGUUUCUUCCUGAUGCAAGCUCAUUUUUCAGACUGAAAAGAGGAGAGAAUGCCUUGGAGUUGCUUCUGGAAUUCAGUUGGCAUGCUUCCUGUGUUCUCAGACUGUUGCUUGGGUCAAAGUAAGGCCACUCUAGAACACUGGGGGAAAAAAUGACCUCAAAGAAAAGAAAUCAGUGUGGUAAUUGAUACCUACAUGAAUCAUUCUGGGAGACCGUCUGUGAAUGGCAGUGGGGAAAUCUGGUACCAUCAAGUCUGAAAUAAGUAAUUAAGUUUUAUAGUCUCUAAGAAGUAGAACUGAAAUCCAAUGCCGUGUCAAGAAGUCCAAGGUCUAGGAAAAUUGUACUUUUUGUGGAAAAGGUUUUAAUUAAAAGCGUGGUAAGCGUGCCAUCCAGAAAAAAUUAGGAAGAGAGGGAACAGGAGUGUGUUCCUCCUCUUCAGACAAUCCACAGCACUCGGAUCUGCAUUCCACCAGGCACUUGGGAGAUUUCAACAGGGGUCUUUGUAGUCAGGAGGAAAUACACUACAAGAGUCUCCACCACCAUUUACCUAUUAACAGCAACCUUUCAAUCCAGACGUGUCAGGGCACACCUCUAAUUCAAUUCCUCGGAAGUCUGAGGCUGGACGGUCGCCAGCUUCGGGUCAGCCUGGGCUGCAUGGUGAGGCCCAUUUCGAAACAGCAGCUGCACAGACAGCAAUCUUUCACCGGAUCGUUCCGCUUCUCAGUUGCCUUAGAACCAGGAAGGAAUUAAGGUGAGGAAGAAGGCUUUCAGGCUCCUAUGCGCGCUGUGUACUAGACAAGAGUUAUCAAUCAUAUCAAGGAGAACAUCAGUUAUGGCAUGUGCUUUGUAGACUUCAAUGUUUAUUAUAGCAACUUUAUGGAAGACAUUAGAAAACUCCCAUGAUUUUUAAACUGAGUCAGUUAUUCAUUGCAACUUCUGGCUGAACGUAGAAUGCUUUGGGGAAAGAUAUCCCUUUCCUUUUUCUUCUAGCUUUACCAUGGUGUGCUUGGCAGAACAGACAGCACGUAUUUGAUGGGUAACAUUAAGUGAAUUUUGACAAAAACCUGAGGCCAAGAAUCCAACAGCAUAAUACAUACAAUGAACAUAGUCACCGUGCCCCAAAAUUUCGACAUGCCUUUGCUUAGACUAUGCAUCUCUCUGUACCUAUAUCAUCCAGGCAGACCAGCAGUCAAUCAUUAAUCCCAGGUUAGCUUGUUUUCUCUAACAUUUUAAGUACAUUUAACCAUGCCCCAUGUAGACCAUUUAUUUUGGACCCCUUUUUCCUCUCAGCAUCAUAAUUUGAAAUUGAUCAGAUUGUGUGUAUCAUCAACAGUUUGGUUUUUUUUUUUUCUUCUUCCUCUUUUCACUCUUCUCCUCCUUCUUCCCCUGACAAGUAGUAAUAUCCCACUAUGAGAGGAUACCAAAGUUUGUUUACAUGCUCGUCCAUUUGUUGCUGCUAGAACUGCAAAAUAAAACUUGUAUGGACGUUUGCGGAUCUCCUUGUGAGCCUAUGCUUUCAUUUCUCUCGACCAAAAUACUGAGGAGGGUGUAGUGAGUAGUUUUGGCUACUCUGCUUUGAGCUCCCAGUGAGUCGCAGGCGCUCAACCGCCCAGGAGCUACCUCAGAUCCACAGAUGAAAGACAGGUUAGAUCAUUUUUAACCUGCUUUAUUGGCUCUGUGGCUGGGCUCUUCUAAGCCUCCAGCAGCUAGCGUGCCCUUCCCUUCACUCCUAGCUCAACACCUCUACAUCUGUCCUCAGUGUAGCUGCACCGUUGCCUUCUGUGGAGAUCACCGGUCUUGCUGCCCAAGACGCUUUCAGGCUGCCAUCCCACAGGCCACUUUCCUCGUCCACUUACAUUUUGGCAGAUCUUCCCUAUAGCUCUUGAGUCUGCUCCAUCUGUCCCCACCAAGUAUGUCCGUCUUCUCUCCUAGCCUACAGAAACCUGGAAGCCCCUCCUCUUUCUUUCCGACCAGCAACUGGCUGCAGGUACCAUUAUUGAUUGAUCAAGGAUCAGUUGGGGACAAGGACUUUUCAUGUCACUACUCACAGAUUCCCAAUUCAAUUAGAACAUCAGAACCACUCCUCUACAGGAGGGGGACAGCUUGGUACUAUUGUAGUAUUUAAGUAAACGACACAACUGUUUCCUUGACUGCCCCAUUCCAUAUCAUCUCUGCCAGUGUAAUGGGACUGCAUUUGUCCCGCCUGCUUGCCAAUACUUCACAAAGUGACGAAGAGGCAGUAGUUAGUCCACUCUAAACUCCCUGGUGGGUGUGCACACUCCUCACUACCUGCCUAGGUGUUUGAAAGACACACACACACACACACACACACACACACACACACACCCUUCUAUUUUAAUAUGUCUUAAACAUUGCAAUGGCUGAGUACUUCCAAACCUCCCCGCAGCUAACAUACCCUCCACUCCGAUAUUCCUGAAUUAUUACUAAAACUCAUUUUCCAUUCUGGCCACCAUGGACCCCAGGCCUGCAGCUCACGUGGGCCGUGACCCUGAUAUCUUGACAGUGUUUCCUCUCUCUCCCUCUCUCUCUCUCUCUCUCUCUCUCUCUCUCUCUCUCUCUCUCUCUCUCUCCUAUCGUCCUCAGGCUGGGACCUUCUCCCUGGCAAAGGCUAUUUUCUGAUUCCCUCACAUUACUUGCCAGGGAACCUCAAAGUCCCUCUUCUGUCUCCCUGCCCAGCCAUUGGCUGCCAGCAACUUUAUUUACCAAUUAGAACCAGCAGAAGGCAGGGACCAUCAGCGUCUCACACACACAGUUGGGAAACCCAAUUAACAUAAUAUAAGCAAUAAACCGAAUCGACACCAUAGUCAACCUUUAGAAUUUUCAGCAUUCCAUUAGUCACAUAGAUGUUAUCUAUUCAAAUAUCCCUUUUUCAAUCCAACAAUCACUUACUGAGCACUUAGAAAAUGCAAAAUAACAUUCCUUAAGUAAAUUUGGUCCUUAACUAAAAAAAUGUUAUUUCAUUAAAGUGAAUACGAUAAGAUUAACCAUCUUUUCUACUGUAAGGGUGCAAUGCAGUAGCAUUUAUUAUUCUUACAGCAUUAUGCAACCAUGACCACUGUUUGCAUCAAAUGGAAAUGUGCACCCACCAAACCCUUCCUGCCACCCUACUCUGAAAACUCACUUUCUACAAAUUUUCCUAGUCUACAUAUCUCAUGUCAUGGUGUUUGUGUCUUUUUUUCCCUCUCACUAGGCAUGAUGUUUUUAAAAAGUUCAUCUGUGUUCAGUAAGUUCACUGAAAAGUAUUCCUACACACACACACUCACACAUACACACACAUACUCACAUAUACACACACAUACACCACACACACAUAUACAUGCGCACAUACACACAUAUACAUACACACACGUGCACACACACAUGCACUCACAUAUACACACAUAUACACAUACACACAUACACACAUGCACAUACAUACACAUACAUACACAAACAUGCACAUACAUAAACAUGCACAUACACAUGCACUCACACACACAUAUAUACACAUAAACACACACAAAUACACAUGCGGGCACACACAUACACAUACUCACAUGCACACACAUACACACACGUAUACAUACAAGCAUGCACACAACAUACACGCACACACACAUACACGCACACACACAUACAUACACACAUGCACACACACAUACACACAUACACGCGUACACAUGCACACCCAGACAUAUACAUGCACACACACAUACAUACACACAACAUACACACACACAUACACACAUACACCCAGACAUAUAUACACACACAUAUACACACAUACACACACAUGCACACAUACAUACAUACACACAUAUGCACAUACAUACACAUACACAUAUACACACAUACAACAUACACACACAUACACACAGGCAUAUAUACACACAGACAUAUAUACACACACAUAUACACACAUACAUGCACACACAUGCACACAUACAUACAUAAACACAUACGCACAUACAUACACAUACACAUAUACACACACAUACAACACACACACAUACACACACAUACACACAUACAGACAUAAACGCACGCAUAUACACACAUACAUGCACACACAUGCACACAUACAUACACACAUAUGCACAUACACACAUACACAUACACAUAUACACACGCACACAACAUACACAUACAUGCACACACAUGCACACACACAUACACACAUACACCCAGACAUAUAUACACACACAUAUACACACAUACACACACAUGCACACAUACAUACAUACACACAUAUGCACAUACAUACACAUACACAUAUACACACAUACAACAUACACACACAUACACACAGGCAUAUAUACACACAGACAUAUAUACACACACAUACACACAUACAUGCACACACAUGCACACAUACAUACAUAAACACAUACGCACAUACAUACACAUACACAUAUACACAUGCAUACAACAUACACACACAUGCACACAGACAUAUAUACACACAGACAUAUAUACACAUGCAUAUACACACAUACAUGCACACACAUGCACACACACAUACACACAUACGCACAUACACACAUACACAUAUACACAUAUACACACGCACACAACAUACACACACAUAUACACACAUACACACACAUAUACACACAUAUACACACAUUCAUGCACACACAUGCACACACACAUACAUACACACAAACGCACAUACACAUACAUACACGUGCACACACACAUACACACACAUACACAUACACACAUAUGCACACACACACAUACGCUCUGUGUUAUAUGGCAGUAUUUAUCACUCGCGUAGUGAUAAACCUUUGGAUAGUUUCAAUCUUUGAGCUACUGUUGAAUGCAGCUCAUGUGGACAUGAUGCAUGUAGUGUCUGAUGGGCAUUUGUAGUUUUAAUUUGUACUUCCUUACAGGUUCUUAUAUAUGAGCUGGUUUGCCAUCCACAUAUUUUCUUUGUUGAAGUUUUGUUCAAAAGCCUUUUGACCAUUUGUCAAAACUACAGUUUUUAUUGUUCAGUUAUAAAAUUUUCCAGUGUGUGUGUGUGUGUGUGUGUGUGUGUGUGUGUGUGUGUGUGUGUUUACCAAGUUUGGGUUUUUAUUUUCAUGUCACUUGGGGAGAAUUCUUUUGAAUUUUGAUAAAGUCCAACAUAUUUCUUUUCCUUUCAUGCAAAGCAAGUUCCGUGUGUGUGUUUGUUCUAAUGUUUUAGAAAGCUUUUCGAAGGCUUCCCAAAACUUUGAGAAGCCCUAUUGUUUUGGCUGUUAAAUGUAAGUUGAUCCAUUUCAAGUUAACUUUUAUGUGGUGAGAGGUAAGAUUAAGGCUCUCUUUUCCUUGUACAUACCUUCUCACAUGUCCCAUGCCCAGUGAUGGGUUACACCAUGUACAGAUUAGUGGUCUGUUGUCCCCAUUGAUCUGUCUUCAAGUCUGGCUCUGCCUCCCUCAUGUGCUGCCUGAACAGCACUUACGUUGUAUUAUUUUAACAGUCGCAGACAUAGUAACCCAGCAGCGAGUCUUAAAUCCUGAAUCCUUCAGACCCCUCUCCUUUCCUGAGUGCACACAAGGUACUCUACCAUCUGAUAAAGCUGUAAAAAUGAGAAAACAUACUGGUUUCCAAGGAAAUGCAUAAAAUUUGCUUGUUUUAUAUUUUGUGUACUUAACCAAUCUUAUAGCUUCGAAGUCUACCUUCUUUUUGAAGAUGGUUUUAAGAGACGAUAUUGGACAAACUUUAAUUGAAAUGCCCACUGAAUACUUGCUUCUCUCUCAUACCUAUGGAGGCAGUCGCAAAGCAUGACUGCACUUGCCUGUGGAGCCCUGGAUCCAAUUACCAGCAUCCUACGUGUACCCAUGCAUGCAUGCUCAUACUUACAUACACUUGCAAAAGCCUCUAGACCAAAUGCCAUCACCAGAGAUCUGUAAAGCAUGCACUUCUGCACUAAUCCACUCUCUAGAACACAGUGGGGAGGUUCCCUCUUGCAGAAUUCACACGCCAUAAUUCACAGAAGCUCAUUACAACUGGAUGAGAAUCAUAGGAAUGCUAGCUUUUUCAAUUCUUACUCUGGUAUUAAGCAUCCUGGUCAAUAAUUCCACCCUCCCCCCACCCCCAGAGUUCUGUAUAAUAUGUGCUCAACCUAGAUAUUUACAAUAGUUGAAGAUAUUGAGGUAAGUAACACACAGCUUGGAUUCACCCCAAGUACUUCUCAACCAUUAGGCAUUUAAAAAGGGGAAAGAAAAAUACUGGGCAAAAGCCUACAUGAUCCUCAGUAGCCACCAGCUCUGAGGCAUCAGUUGCCUACAAUGUUCAUGAAGAGCAGAAGAUGUUGGAUGCUCAUACCUUCCUGUCAGCACUGGGAUAACCUGAGCACUCUCGGCUGAACUUACUUAUUUUAAAUCCACAAAGAUGACCAUCACACUGUUCGCUUAGUCCACGUUAAAAAAAAAAUAAACAAUAGCUUUCUGACUUAGUCACUACCGUGUAAUAAUCAGGAAAUUUCCCAUAAACAGAUUUCCAGCUUCUCUCUGAAAACCAGAAGGUAUGGAAAACCUGGCUUACAGUCUAAGUGGCGCCCAUCAGUUGACCUCCAGCAUCAGCUGUUCUUCAUGAGGUCAGAUGUUUUGACUCCUGUUGACAUUGCUGAAGAUACCUUUCCUACUUGGAUUCUCCAAGGUUGUAGUUCUUAAAAACGGGAUUUACCUUGGUGUCCUGUGAAGAGACUUAGAAAUGAUUGAUGUUAAUGGCCUACCUCUAGACAUUUUAUAGAAUCCAUCUCGGGGAUAUAGAGCAGACCAGGGAUUUUGGUAAACUCUCCGGGCAAUAUUGUUCUAUGGUUAAGAUUGAGGGCACUUAGGUACAUCCUUUAGCUUGCAUAUGCAUCACCUGGCAAUCUUGUUCAACUGCAGCUUGUGAUCCAGGAAGUCUAGGAUAGGACCUGGUAUUCUGCAUUUGUAACACCAUCUUAAUUUCUGCCAGUGCAGCUGGUCUGUGGGUCUGGUGCUGAGGAAGACUCCAGGACACUGGUACUCAUUUGGUUUGUGUUUGAAACCCUAAAAUAUACACUUAGGUUUCAAGCCCAGUGGAAGAAUAUUCUAACAUCACAGUUACUACAGGUGGCCAGUGGAUGCUUGAGUUUUUUUUCGCUUUUGAGGAUAUAGUCUCAAUUUGUUUUGGUUACUCAAAGUCGUUCUCUGUAAUGCAGGUACUUGAUUGACUGAUUUCCACUCCAUCUUCGCUGCUAUGCAAGAAGCAGUGAUACUCUGGUAUCCCUGUUGGAAAUUUCACGUCUUCUGACGUUUUUAGGCAAUAACCAAAGCCAACAGCAUGACAAGGAUUGGUUGUGUUGUGCAUGCCGUUUGUUUGUUUGCUUGUUUGUCAGUUUGACACGAGGUAGAGUCUUCUGUGAAGAGAGCUUCUCAAUUGACAAAGACCUUUGAUUAUAUUGGCUAGUAGGCAAAACUGGGGGUUAUUUAUUUAUUUAUGAUUGAUGUGGAAGGGUGCAGCCCACUGUGGGUGAUGUCACCCCUGGUGAGAUGAUCCUGGAUUGUACGAAAAGGAAAGCUGAGGAGCAGGAACUGAAGCAGAGGUCAUGGAGGAAUCCUGCUUGGUCUUUCCUCCAUGAUGGACUGUGGGCUGUAAAAGGAAGUAAGCCCUUCCCUUGCCUCCGAAAGUUGCUUUUGGUGAUGGUCUUUCUCCCACCAAUAGAAAGCAAACUAGAACACUGUGUCUGUAUGACAUCUGAGCAUUUUACUGGGGUGAGUUUCAGUAUGUCCUAGAAGGCCCAGGGUAAUCAUUCUCAACCCCCAGCAUACAAAUGGCUUGGAAAGUUUCCUAAAAUACCACCCCCCCGCCCCCUUAUACUCCAGUCUGACGUUUUUGGUUUAGGGAAGACAGAUAACUUAUAUUCCAGUAAAUUCCAAUGAGAUUCUCAUAGUACUGGCUAUCUGGAGGUUUUGUAGAAAUGAAGGGAAAGCUCGUGGCACAGGGGCCCCCUUUGUCUUAUGAUAUCAGUCUCUUGCUUUAGAACAGUUACCUUUUGUGUUUCCAGAUAAGAUUUUGCUCAGGAAAAGGUUACCAAAAAACCACAAGCUUAAGGCUAGAAACUUGUCACGCAAGGGUAAGUACCUGAGUUCAGAUCCCUAGCUAUCAUAUAAAUGCUGCGUGGGCAUGGGGGCUCGACUGUAAAUCCCAACCUACAAUGUGCAGAGGCAGAAAAAUCUUUGGCACAAACUGGCUAACUUUACUGUCUGAUAGGGUGCUUCAGGUUCACGUGGGAGACCCUGCCUCAGUACAUCAUGUGGAGAGUGAAGAAGACUCCAUUGUUAAGUCUAUGUGUGUGCCCGCACAUCAUGUCUACACGUGAAAUAGUGAAAUAUAUACAUAUAUAUAUAUAUGCGCACAUAGGCACCCACUCCAAGUAUAAAUAUUCUUAUUGUUUUGCUAUUGCUUUUAAUAUGUAAAAUAUAUGGGAAACGGAAACAAAAUAUCAUACCAGUGAUGGGUGGGAAGGUAUCAGUUUGAUACAAGUGAAACAGAUGGAUCAUUUGGUGCCUUUGUAUGGAAAAUUUAUUUUCAUUUCACGUGACCCUCUUUGGACAUAUUUGUGUGUUGUGUUCAAUUAUAAUGAAAAAAAAAGUCACAGAAAGUGUGAGUGCAUGAUCAAUUGCUGAGGACUUUUCUGUAAGGGGAGGUGCGAUUGGGGAUUAUACACUGUUUUAUGGCUGAAUAGUAAACUCUGUUGGAGCCUCUUUCCAAGACUCUAGUGAGCACCGAGGGAGGAGAGAGCUAGAAAUGCUUGUGUUUUCAGCUUCUUCAGAGGAGAGGGAAACUAAGGAAACCAUUUGUGAACGUUUUGUUACUUUAGUCUUCUUGGUUUGGAUUGGGUCCAAGGACUUCUACCACAGGAAACGCACUAUUGCCUUCUCCCAGUAGGUUCAUCGUUUCACAGACUGCAAAGAACGUACCCUGCUAUCUUGGGUUCUAAUUGCCAUGACUGAAUAUUCUGACUGAAGCAACUUAGAGGAGAAAACGUUUAACUCGCAGUUCAGAGUAGUCUACCAUCGUGGGUAAGUCAAGGCCACCGGAACUUGAAUGAGUUGUUCACCUUAUGGCCUCGAUCAGAAAAUGCUUGCAUGCAUGGUACUCACUUUGCUUUCUUCAUUCGUACAGAACAGAAUUUCCUGUCCAGGGAGUGAUUCUACUCACAGUUAAGAUGGAUCUCCCUUCACCAAUUAGCAUAAUAUUU